CGUUCGGCGAUGGCGCGCCUUCCCUCGGAUGGCGCGCGCGCGGGGGACAUGGACGUGGAGCUCGUGGACGUCUCCCUCGCCGAGGCCGAGGUGACGGACGGGGCCGGGGUGAAGCGGGGAGGAGGCGGGUUCGCGCGGGCACGAAUGGGCGACGACGCCGUAUCGGAGGAUUCCGACGGCGAGGACGAGGAGCGGGGGUUGCUGCGGGGCGACGCGGGCGACGCGUCCACGUCCGCUCCGCACCGCAGCGAUCCGCGGCCACCACCGACCGGCUGGCGCGGGUACGUCGCGAGGGUUCCCAAGGGCGAGGCCGUCAUGCUCGCCGCGACCUUCACGUUCGCCUUUCAAAACGUCGUAGCCAAGACGGUCGAAAAGGGGGUGCCGCCGAUGCAGGUCGUCUUCGUCAGGUCGUGCAUCAGCGGCUGCGUGACCGCGUUCACGACGUGGAGACGCGCGGCGGAGUGCAACGCCAUCGUCCGCGAGGCGGACGCGGAGACCACGGGCGGGGAAACGCGAGCGUCGGCGUCGUCCGGCGAAGACCUCCGCGAUUCACGAUUCACGAUCGAGACCCUCCUGGGCCAUCGGCGGUUCUGGCGCCUGUGCCUCCUGCGAGGCGUCGCGGGAAGCAUCGCGUUCUCGCUCGCGUACGUCUCGCUCACCUACCUCACCGUGGGGGACAGCGUGGCGAUAUUCUUCCUGAAUCCCAUCUUCAGCUCGCUCAUGGCCAUACCGGCGCUCGGGGAGAAGCCGAGUGCCGUUCAAGCCGUCGCCAUCGGCGGCGGGCUCGUCGGCACCCUGCUCAUCGUCAAGCCCCCGGCGCUGUUCCACGCCCUGGGAGCGCCCUUGAACGACGAUGAUCGACGCCGCGAUCGACCGAUGGAUCCGGUGGGGGUGGCGGUGACGUUAUUUUCCGCGUUUUUCUGCGCGGUGGCGAUGGUUUCGAUCCGAGCGGUGAGGGGUCGGGUCAGCGCGCUCGCCCUCGCGGUGUGGUUUCACGGCUGCUCCGCGGCGCUGGGUUUCGUCAGCGUCACGAGCGCGUGGCCGCUGCCGCCCGUCUGGCCCACCGCCCACGAGUGGGGUCUGCUGAUUCUCAUAUCGCUGACGUCGUUCGUGGGUCAGCUCUCGCUCAACUACGGGUACUCGCACUUGCCGACGCUGACGGCGUCUGCGCUCUAUUACCUCAUGGUGGCGUGGUCGGCGUUGUUGGGGUGGGCGAUGAUGGGAGAACGGGUGGACGCGUACGGGGCGCUCGGGGCGGUGGCGAUAUGCGUCGGGGGGCUCGCGCCCGGCGUGCACAAGGCGCGCGUCGAGCGGGCGGCGAGGGCGAAGCGGGCGAUGAACGGAGCCGACGGCGGGUGACGUUCCUUACGUUUAUUUCUUUAGUCUAGUUAGGGGAGUUACGUUUAGUUGAAGCGUUUUGGUCC